GUCUCUUUCUGUUCUCUAUCUUUCUCUGGGCCAUGAUCCUGGGACUGUCUGUGGCUGAGGAAGUUUUAGACACCUUCCUGCUUUUCCUCUUUCAGGCCUCAAGGCUGGCUGAGUAGCUGGCUGCCAGCUUGGCGCCCCACUUCCAUGUCUCAGCUGAAGAAUGUGGAGUCCAGGAUCCUCCAGUGUCUCCAGAACAAGUUUCUGGCCCGAUAUGUGUCCCUUCCAAACCAGAACAAGAUCUGGACGGUGACCGUGAGCCCCGAGCUAAGGGACCGGACUCCCCUGGUGAUGGUGCAUGGCUUCGGGGGCGGUGUGGGCCUCUGGAUCCUCAACAUGGAUUCACUGAGUGCCCGCCGCACACUGCAUACCUUUGAUCUGCUUGGCUUUGGGCGGAGCUCAAGGCCAACAUUCCCGAGGGACCCAGAGGGGGCUGAGGAUGAGUUUGUGACCUCAAUAGAGACGUGGCGGGAGACCAUGGGCAUCCCAAGUAUGAUCCUCCUGGGGCACAGUUUGGGAGGAUUCCUGGCAACUUCUUAUUCCAUCAAAUACCCUGAAAGAGUUAAGCACCUCAUCCUGGUGGACCCAUGGGGCUUCCCCCUCCGACCAACUGACCCCAGUGAGAUCCGUGCACCCCCAACCUGGGUCAAGGCUGUGGCCUCUGUCCUAGGGCGUUCCAAUCCACUGGCUGUUCUUCGAGUUGCUGGGCCCUGGGGACCUGGCCUGGUGCAGCGAUUCCGGCCAGACUUCAAGCGCAAGUUUGCGGACUUCUUUGAAGAUGAUACCAUAUCGGAAUAUAUCUACCAUUGCAAUGCUCAAAAUCCCAGUGGAGAGACAGCAUUCAAAGCCAUGAUGGAGUCCUUCGGUUGGGCCCGGCGCCCCAUGUUGGAACGAAUUCACUUGAUUCGAAAAGAUGUGCCCAUCACCAUGAUCUAUGGGGCCAACACCUGGAUAGAUACGAGCACGGGGAAAAAGGUGAAGAUGCAGCGGCCAGAGUCCUAUGUCCGAGACAUGGAGAUCGAGGGUGCGUCGCACCACGUCUAUGCAGACCAGCCGCACAUCUUCAAUGCUGUGGUGGAAGAGAUCUGUGACUCGGUUGAUUGAGCUGCUCUCCCCAGCAGAAGAGGAGAAAGCCAGAGAGUCGCUCUCACCUUCCUGUCUGCUUACUCAUCCCUCUGUCCUUUCCUCACCAACUAACAUGUGCCAGCCAGGCAGAGUUUCGGGCCAUCCCCAGGGUAGGACCACAGUGAAAAAGGAUAUUCCUGAGCCUGUGCUAAGGGCUGGAGGCAGAAGCCACAAGAAGCCUUGAGCUCCCCACCCUGGGGAAGAACAUAAAGGGUUGCGUAAUGCCACCCCAUUCUCUCCAUGCCAAGUGUCCCCAGAUGGUGGUUGUGAAGGGCUUGCACUGAGCCACAUUCCCUGCCUAUGUAGAGAGAAGCCUCUGCCUCAGCAGAGAAGCACCUCCCAACAGCCUUUCCAAGCUCUGGAAGUUUGUGGGGUUGGGUUCUUUGCUAGAACAUCUUCCUUCUCCAUCACCCAUUCCAUCCCAGUUCCACCCAGUGAAUGGUUGGGACCAGUUUCACUUAACUAUAAAGAGCAAGCCUGGAGCUGCCGUGACCUGCGGAGUCCCUUACAUGGCCAGAGCCCUUGUUGAUGGUUGGGGAACAGGCUAGGGCGGGACAUGGCUGGCCCAUGGUGACACAGCUCUGUUCCAGGAGAGUUAAGGCUAAACCAGGUCUAGCACCCAGUGCUAGUUGCAGACCCCCUUGGCUCAGGCAGGCACCAUUGCCAUGGGGCUGCUUCUGGUCACUGGCUGAGGAUAAGCCCCCUACCCCACAUUCCAGUCCCUUUAGGCAGGGGUGCUUCUGUUCUGCCCUGCCUCUCAUCCCUAGCUGCCUAAGCUGGGAACACCCAAGUGCUUCCUUCCUGCCCCCUCUAACUUCCCCUGAAAGCCCUCUGGGCUUCCUUCUGUGCCUUGGGCCCUAAAGCCCCACCUGUAGUAUAGAGCAGAGGUGGCCCCUGGUGGAGAGAGAAGGAAAAGGCCUUCAACCCAGGCUGUAUGGAUUCCUUGCACUCACUAGUUUCCGCAGGGGGUGGUUUUCCACCGACCCUUGGUGAUCCUGUGGGGAGCCUCAAAUCAGCAGUUCUCUGUCCUCACCAACCACUGGAUGGUUCUCACUGCCUGGCCCUCCAACCCGCAUCUGUCCCCAUGGUCUCCAGCUCAUCCCGCCCCUGUACCACCUGUUGGCCUCUCCCGGCCAGUUCCAGGGGCUGCUCGGAGGUCUGGGUGGUAGGCUGGGCCUGACCCUGACAGGCAGCUCCUGUCUGCUCCUUCACUUUUGUAAAGCCAACCCUUCCACCAGAAUAGUAUUAACUCCUGGUGCUUUGUACUACUGGUCCAGCUACCUUGGGCUCCUUUUCUAUAUUAAUAAAGAAAUGAGUAAAAACUGC